AUGGUAACUGAUAAGCCAGAUGUGAAAGUAUCUCAAAUUAUAGAGAGGAUGCAAUCCAUGUUUGGUUAUAUAGUGUCAUAUAAGAAGGCUUGGAAUGCAAAACAAUUAGCCAUUGCCGUUGCUUUCGGGAAUUGGGAGAUCUCAUAUUCCUUACUCCUAAGGUGGUUAGCCGCAGUACAACACUUCAUGCCUGGAUCAUACGUACAAUUUUCAAAUAAACAGUGCUCUCAAGUCAAUGCGAAUGGGGAACCAGUUGAAAUGUUUCGCCGUGUGUUUUGGGCAUUCAAGCCAUGCAUUGAUGCAUUUCCACAUUUGAAGCCCAUUAUACAAGUUGAUGGAACAUUUUUAUAUGGAAAGUAUAAGGGCACGUUACUAAUGGCUAUAUCACAAGAUGGUGACAGAAAUGUUGUGCCGCUUGCAUUUGCGGUAGUUGAAGGGGAGACAAGAUCAGCUUGGACAUGGUUCUUAUACCAUGUGCGUCAUUGGUAUGCGUAUGAACGUCAUGUUGUUGACCAACAAUUAGCAGAGAUAGUAUUGCAACAUGCAUCUGCUGCUAGAUGGAUUGGAGCCAUCCCCAAAGAAAAAUGGUCACGUGCAUAUGACGUUGAAGGUCGACGUUAUGGACACAUGACAACUAACCUUGCAGAGUGCAUGAAUGGUGUAUUCAAAGGUGUUCGAAGUCUACCCAUAACUGGUUUAGUUAAAGCGACCAUGUAUAGAGUUAACAACUAUUUUGUAAAGCGUGCCCAACAAGUUCAUGCGCAAAUUGCAGCUGGUCAAGUGUUUUCUGAGACACUAACAAAGAAGUUAGACAUAGUAACACAAGGUGCAUCUGGAUGUGUUGUUCGAGAGUUUGAUAGAAUAUCAACAUCAUUUGAGGUUAUCGAGCCAUACAAUAUUCAACUUCGUCAAUUUCGUCGUUGUUGCAAGGUUAACUUGAUUGAUAGAAAAUGUGAUUGUGGAGAAUUUCAAGCAGAAAAGUUUCCAUGUAUGCAUGCUGUUGCAGCUUGCUCACAAGUAGGCAUUAACCAUUUGCAAUAUGUUGAUCCUGUUUUUAGGUUAGAAACCAUGCAAAUGGCUUACAGUAACAACUUUCAUCCAAUAGGAGAUGAGACUUACUGGCCGCAAAUUGAUUGCCCUACUCUAAUACCUGAUCCAUCAAUGAUUAGAGAUAAAGGCCGUCCUCGUUCAAGUCGCAUACGUAAUGAGAUGGAUUGGACCACACCCAACCCACCCAACAAAUGUGGAUUAUGUAGACAAAUUGGUCAUAAUCGCUCUACUUGUCCUCAAAGAGUGGCAUCCAGACAAUAA